CGAAAAUUAUUCGGUCAGAAAUUUCAGUCUCCGCCCUGUUUUCUGGUCCGACUCUCUACUGAGUCACUGACUCGGUGGCGCUGCUGGCUUCCUCUCUCCCAGCGUGUCCCUCUUCGUAGAACCUGUCUUGUCUGUUCUGUUUCUUACCGCCAUCGAUGCCUCCUCACUUCGUCUCUCCCAAUCACUGAAUCCUAUUCUCAGUCGCGACAAAAGGCUGCUACUUGGGAGACCAGUUGCAUCCCCCGCGACCCAGCAGCCAAAGUUGCUGCACGGGCUUGGUCAAACUCAUUCCUGAAUCGGCUGCUUCUUUGGAACUUUGGAAAGUCCAUUCCUUUUUUUUUUUUUUUUUAAUGACCUUAAGAGAAAACACGAGAAAGAGGGAGAGUAGUGAUUGGCUAAAAUGGCAGAACCAAGUCAAAAGGGUGAACAAGUGUUGGGUGAUUACAACAGCGAUAAUUUUAAAAAGGCAAGGCUACAAUCAACACUAACCACACUCCUUGAGGAUCCAAUACUUGCUGAUGUCCCGAAGAAGCCAACAUUAGCAGACGUUGACACCCUCAUCAGCCUGGAGCUAGGCAGUGCCAUGCGCAUCUCCAUCCUUAAAUUAGAUGGCUCUUCCUUGGAUGUGGUGGUCAUGAAUUCUGCUACUGUCAAGGACUUGAAACUCACGAUCAAGAGGAAAAUUAACGAGAUGGAGCAGGCAAAUUUGGGUCAUCGCCACAUUUCUUGGAAACAUGUCUGGGAAAAUUUUUGCCUUUCACACCACAAUGAGAAACUCCUUGAUGACAAUGCCUCACUUGAGGAAUUUGGCAUCCGCAACAAUUCUCAGGUGCAAUUUGUCUCUUACAUCGUGUCAAAGGGUUCAAACCACCACUCUAAGCGGAGGAAACACCAAUUUUUUCAUGGUCUUAACAAAAAGACAACAAGAAGAGAAUAAUCCAUGAUGUGUUUGAUGUUAUGCUGCAUUUUGCAAAAGAUUACACUAAGCCACCCACCAACAUAGAGAAUGAACCUAAAAAUAUAUCGAAUCCAACCAAGAGGUUGAAGGUCUUUAACAAUGUGAUAUUUCACCUAGACAUGGGCACCUCGACCGAUGGUCGAUCAUACUUAGGUUCACGACUGAACAGUUUCUGUAAGAGUAAAAAAAGCAGAGAUAUUGUCUUCUUUAUCUUUACUAUUUUGAUAUUUCUGAGUCAACUUCAUGUCAAGUGAACUUAAAUUUGACA